UGCACAGGACCAUGGAUCAUCCACCGACUUCAGAGAAAUCGCAUCUCAUCAACGAAAGAAAUGCCAAAAUAUACUCCUUAAAGCUUAACAGUGAAUUCUCAGGUUCUAAAGAAAGUUGCCCGAACCUGCCUUUGGAAAAUGAUGAUAUGGCUGGUGCUGUUGAACUGAAGAGGCCUGUUGGAACUCAUUGCCAUGGGAAAAAAGCAGUAUAUGAGGAGAGUCAUGAGAAACUCAUAGCAAAGAAGAAACUCUACAUCGCCUCCAUGGUCUGUCUGGUUUUCAUGAUUGGAGAGGUUAUAGGUGGCUAUCUAGCACACAGUCUGGCCAUCAUGACCGAUGCAGCUCACCUUCUGACCGAUUUUGGCAGUAUGAUGGUCAGUCUUUUCUCACUGUGGAUCUCCUCAAGACCACCCACAAAGACGAUGAAUUUUGGCUGGCACAGAUCAGAGAUUCUGGGAGCACUGAUAUCUGUAUUGUCCAUCUGGAUCGUGACUGGGGUGUUGUUGUACCUCGCCAUUGAGAGGAUUGUUAAAAAUGACUAUGAGAUCGAAGGCCAUGUGAUGGUUGUAACCUCAGGUUGUGCUGUCAUGGUCAACAUCAUAAUGGCAUAUAUUCUACACCAUUCCACCACUUUCCACAGUCACGGUUCAGGUUACCACAAGAUUGAUGAGAAUGGGAUGAGCUCAGUGGGCCAUGGCCACUCCCACAGCAUCCUUGGUAGCCAGGGGAACACCAGUGUCAGAGCAGCAUUUAUUCAUGUUUUGGGGGAUCUGUUACAGAGCUUUGGAGUGUUGGUGGCAGCCAUUAUAAUCUACUUCAGGCCAGAAUACAAAGUAGCCGAUCCUAUUUGCACUUUCCUCUUCUCUGUGUUCGUCCUGGGCACCACCACUACCAUCCUGAGAGAUGUCUUCCGCAUUCUCAUGGAGGGGGCACCCAAAGGUAUAGAGUUUAAUUCCGUGAAGGACGUGCUACUCUCUCUGAAGGCAGUGAAGGCGAUGCAUAGUCUACACUUGUGGGCUCUCACCUUAGGCCAGAGUCUGCUGUCUGUUCACAUAGCUAUUGAGGAGGAUGCUGACCCUCAGAGUGUCUUAAAGGAAGCCACUGAAAUUCUUCAGACCAAAUUUGGCUUUUACAGCACAACCAUUCAAGUGGAGCCUUAUUUUGAAGACAUGAUCUACUGCGCCCAGUGCCAGGAUCCAUUAGACUAACUUCUCCAAAUGUACUGGUGAGAGCAGGCUGCCUGCAUAAAAUGUAUGCACACAUAUUAAGCUUCAUAGAGGGUCCAAGCCAGAAAUGGAAACACUGUGCAAAUGUAUAUCAUCUACAUUAUAAAAAUGUACUGUACAUGCCAAAUACAUUUCUAUUAAUUACCAAGGAAAUACAAAUAUAUUUUACACUGUGCCAUCUUAAAAAGUGCAUCUUCAGUGUCAAAAAUGCCUAGGCUUAUGGGAGAAAUACUGGGAAGAAUAGCUUAAAAUGAAGAUGGUUCACCCAAAAAAUGAAAAUGCAGUCAUCGUAAUAUUUGAACUAUCGUCACAUAUGCAAAGAUCAACAGAAAAGAGCAGCUGCCCGUAAAUAUGAGGGCUGGUGGCAUCACUGUGGGCUUUUUAUUGUGGCAUUGCAAGGUUUUGCUAGGCAGGCAUCAUACAUUAAAGCACGAGUAUACUGUAAUUGCCUGUCUGUGUGCUUGGGAGGGUAAAAAAUGGCUAUUGACGUGACUUCCUUAAAAACAAUUUGAAUGGGGUUUAUUAUGCCCCUGCUGACAGUGUGGCUCCCUAAUCAAUGCAAAUGUCUGCCAAACUGCAGCAUCAUGUUGUAGGGCCUAAACAAAGAUUCUGUUCAAGUGUAAUUAUGGAUUUUGUUGGAGAUUUCUCACUAAUGUCUGACGGAACAAUAUUAUUUACACUAGCUUGCAGGUGAUUUACUUAAGAGAAGUCUGUUCUUCCUCACUGGCUGUGAUAGUGAGGCCAGUAGAGUUGUUUCAGGUUUUAAACAUGGUUUCAUUUUGCUUUUGAAGAUGAAUAGUGGAGACAAAAACCCACCCAUAAACUCAUGUCGUCAGGCACUGGCCAGCUGUUGUCUGUGCUGACACAGUUUUGCCUCUAGACACACUCACGUUUUGCACAGGAUUUCCAUCUCUGAUCUCGGUGCCACCACACUGCCCCAAUGACUACAACAUUCCAGCAAAGAGGUUCUACACUCACAUUUCUCCACUGAGGUCAUGGCAGUUAUAUAAAACAAUAAAGCACAUAGUUUUAGAAUGACAUCAAAUAGAGUAUUGUUUAUUUGGGCAAAAACAAUGUUUUUAAAGCCCAGAAACAUGCAUUUGAUAAAAAACAAGAUCAUUUGAGUUUUUAAAGACCAAUAAAGGACAUGUCACACAAUUAUGUGUUUUAAAGCUUGCGUGUACUGAUAAAAUGUAGCUGUUGUGAUCUGCACUGUGACGUUGUGAAAGGGGUAAAAUUAUUACUCUUACGAGUCAAGUUGCUUGCAUGAUUGCUUUUCUGUUUUUCAACUUUAACUGUAAAAUUUAAAUGGCCAGUCACUUCCAUAAUUGAUUGGCCCAAGGACCUCACAAUCUCACUGAAAGUCCUUUAUUACAUACUAUAUUUUGACUAUAUUUGUUUUGAUAAAUAAAUAUAUAUUUAAUAAAUGUGAAUAUCGCAGUCAUUUAUAAAAACCAAGAGACAGUGAACAAAUGAUAAAAUGAAAGGACAAAUGCAUGAGCAUUGAUAUUUGAUAUUUUUGAUAUAGUUUUUGGGUUGGUGUGUCAAAGCCCUGCAUUAAAAAUGACAUUUGGAAGGACCACAGUGAUUUACAGGGGAAUAAAUGACUCUACAUAUUUCUCCAGAACUCAGGAGGUUAGCUUAUGGAGAUUUUUGUCAAGAACAUGUUCUUGGAUUAACAAUUUUGUUGGUCCUAGAACAACUCUAUCAACCAUUUUCGAGGCAUAGGAAAAAGGUUAGUGGCUUAUUCACCAUUCAUAUAAACCUAUUUUUGCAUCUGAUUUAGGGGGUAAUUUACAGCAAGAUUAGGGUAAGGGUUUUGCCUUUGCUUCUUUGACAGAAAUGUUGCUCCAGAACAAAUUAAAAAUGUUAAUCCCAGAACAUCGGUCUUACUUGGCAAAAUCACAGUCCCUCAUGAUCUAAAGCCAUUCUGGAUGUCUUUGAGGUUGAUUUUGUCUAGUAAGGUGUGUUUCUUGAUAAACAUCUUUUGUUGUUAGUGCAACAUUUCUGUUUAACAUAGUCCUCCUAAUCCUAUCCCUUACUACCCCUAAAAUCAGUGAAAUGUUAGGUUGAUAUAAAUGUUGUUGAAACCCCAACCCUAGCCCUAAAAAUCUGAUUGGCUGAUUUAAAUGUAGUACCAGGGCCAAUAAAAAAUCCUGACUUGGCGAAAUCAUGGUAAACUUGGUAUGUCCUACUUGGUCUUACAGUAGCUUACUGUGUAGAUUUCUGGUAUAAAUCCUACUUGCAUUUUUAGACAUCUAAGAUUCUUUAUCUUAUGCAACCUCACAUCUUUGGGAAGCUAUCAGUUAUCAAAGAUUAUUAAAGGUGUACUCAGUAACUUUUGUCUUUGUGUCCUCUUGGACUUACACUGACACCUAGCGGCUUGGAUGUAGCAUCAUUUAAAAUCAAUAGUUUUCAGUUUCAGAAAUUUAGUAUUCACAGUCAGCCAUGAUUACUUUAAUCAAUGAGUGAAAGUGUCAGAUAACAGGACGGUUACUAAGAUUAAGCGAGAAGUAUUCUGCUGGUCAUGUGAUUCUAACAUGGCAGCCCCCAUGUGCGGACCCUCUCCAUGUCGAAUAAAGGCCUAUUCGGACAGGAUUAGUUUUAUAUGGGGACGUGGGGUAAUGUAAUAAUUACCAGAGCUUCUCAGUAAUUAAUCCUGUCAUGUCAGUAAUUUUCACUGACUUUUUACGGACUACGUGUUCCCGCACCGGUAAAAAUUACAGUGUGUUUUACCUAUUAUAAAACGGCCUGUAAAAAUAACCCCUGAUAAUAUUAAUCCAGUGCGAAUUGACAUGUUAAUAAAAAGCCCGUAAAUCUGCAUUUUCCAGUCCAUGAGCCCUUUAAAUAUUGCUGUUUCUUAAGUUCUCCGAAUAUCUGAACAAGAUGUUGGUCAAGAGAAGACACCAGACAAUGUAAGAUGUGCUUCACAACUUCAGAUAACGCUGGCUGUUGUGUUUGCACUGAUGCAUGUUUUUCUCAAGCUUUUUAUGCUGUCAUGUUGAGUGUUUAUUUAUUUAUUUAUGAAUUGAGCAGGGUGAGUGCAGGAAAUUGUGUUGAACUCCACAUUUCAGAAGGUAAAAUUACAUAAUGUGUUUGUCCAUGUUUUUAAUUCAAGAGUGUAAUGUAAAUUACAGGCUUGUUAAUGUCAACAGUUAUGUUGUAUUUAGCCAGAUAUCCCAGUAUACAUUUUCUAAUAGGUUAGUUACGUGUGACAGCAGUGUUUAAAGCAAUAGACACACCCAUCUUUGCGAUUUUUACAGACAUCGCUUAUCCUAUGUGAAUUAACGGUAAAUAUUACAGACGUCCACAGUAAUAAUUACUUGACGGACAUAUGUCCGGAAAACUAAUCCCGUCCGAAUAGGGCUUAAAACAGCUUUUAUAAGGUCACUGAUAUGACUGGAGUCUUCAUUUUAAUGAGUGGUCAUGAUUUCCUACAUAUAUUGCAAAAUUACAAUUCAUGUCUUUAGGAGUUUAACUUUUUUAAUGAGGAAAAAAGUACUGAGUGCACCUUUAAAUUGCAAUGAAACAGAAUAAAUAAAUAAAUCGCUCCUUCGAUGUGAUGAAACUUUAUAUUCACACAGUUUAAGGGUGGAAAAUACCCUCCUAGUCAGAAUGAUAGGAUUAAGAAGCCUCAAUUUCAAUAUUGCAGACAGCUUGGUUGAAAAUGACCUUAUAUAAUAACAUGAUGAAUCCAAAAUCCGUUUUAGAGGCAGGUGCACUCAAUCACAUUAUGAAGGCUUCAAAAUUGAUAGCAGUGUAGGGUGGAAUUUCAUUGGUCAUGUUUUUUUUAAUGACUUUUUCUGUAUUGUGUUAUAAGUUGAAAGACGUCAAUGUUGUUGUGGACACUAAAUAAUCUACAUAAUUAUUUUUGUGUGCCUCAGAUUUGUGGAUGUGUACAUACUGUAAAUGUCUUAUUGUAUAAUCUGUCUAUAAAAGUCCUGUGUGUAAAUGUUUUACAGUUAUUCUCUGUGACCACAUAAAAUCUCAGUAUAACUGGAAAUUAUGAUGGAUAUUUAAUUUUUACAUGCCUUUAAUUUGAUAUGUGUGACAUAUGUGUUUGUUAAGAUUUUUGUAUACUGUAAUAAAAUCAUGCAGAUCAAGUAGAAACUCAUUAUAUUGUAGUAGUAAAUAU